AUGGAUCAACAAGCUACUAGGGAUGGACUUCGUGUUUCAUUUACCCAAGUUCUUAAUGAAGCUGUGUUUUCCAAGAAUGUGUUGCUGCAGUACGGAGGAUACUCUCCUUACGAGGCUUUGUUCGGCCGUACUCCACCAAUGCUCGAUGUAAUGACUGCAGAAGAUGAUCAGGAGCGGGAACAUCCCGCCCGACUCCGAUCCAUAGCCGUGCAAGCCAUGAUCCAAGCCUCAGCCGAGGAUCGCAUCCGCAGAGCAAAUGCCACGAAAUCCAGACCAGCUGGAGAGUUGAAGGACAUGCAAGUUGGUGAUCUUGUGGAUAUUUAUCGCCCAACCAUUUCCAAAGACGUGCCCCGUUGGCACGGCCCUGCAUCCAUAACCGAUUUGACCGCACUCACUGAUGGAAUCAUCGGUGUGAGGUGGCAGGGCAGAAAUCUUCAAGUCCGCGUACAAGAUGCACGCAGAGCCUUGGCAUUCGCAUAUGCACCUGCAUUCUUUGGUGGUGCCAAUUCACCAAUUGAAGUGUUGAAAGUUGCUGCAGAAUCUUUCAAGGGUUGCAUGAGAGUUGGAUGGUUCCGUAAGAAUGAUCGAUGGUUGCCAUGUGAGGGCAACAAAGAGUACUCUGAAGUCUUACAUGCAGGACUUCACGUUGGAGCUGUCAAUUUGCAACUCAUAGGUGUUUUUAGCUUGCGAUUCGGCCAUGGCAUGAAGACCAUCUCAGGAAAGAAAGAUGUGAAGGGUCGUCUUGUAGCUCAGGGUUUCCAAGACCGACAGAGCCUGAGCACGUUUGCAGGUGAUAAAGAUGGUCCCAAGAUCGGAAACAAUCCGAUCCAAAUCUUGGAGUUUGUUUCAAAGAAACAAAGCAGAGUUUGCCGCAGUACUUUCACAGCUGAACUUUAUGCGGCUCUUGAUUUGGUUGCCCUUGCCAAUACGAUCAACCUUGCUAUGACAGAAGUUCUGACCGGUAGCAAAUCAGCUAGCAUGAUGGCUGAUAUCCAAGAGACUGGAACCAAUGCGUUAGAAAGUGAUCUUUUCUUGGAUGCACGAGCAGUGUUCGAUUGCAUAGUUGCAACAGACACCAAGACCACUACAGAUAAGUUGAUGCUUGUGCAUGCUCUUAAACUAAAAGAGAUCCUUGCUAUGCGCGUCGCCAGCCGCCUUUGCUGGAUAGAUACGCUUGAUAUGCUGAGCGAUGGAUUGAAUAAAGGAAGUGUGGCACGUGAUCCAAUCAGGAACGCUUGUGUGCAUGGUCAGUGGAAGAUCUUGCACGAGUUCAAACAGCACGUUGAAGCAAGGACAUGUCUCUACAACCACCUUUUAGGCAGAUCGUUCCGAUCAACCAGUGCCAAUUCAAUUGCCAUGGAACCCUCCGCGAACUUCCGACGAUGCAGUGCUGAGCAAAAGGGAAAGCAUGCUGCUUUGGACAGACAGGUGUUUGUUAGGGAUGGUGCGGCCGUGGACAAAGCAUGGAAGAAGUUUGAUGGCUUCGACCGAUGGGCUUUGCCUACUGCAAAGGUAUGUCAAGUGGGUUGGAGCGGUCCACAUCAAGGCUUUCAAGCCCAUGUUGAGCGAUAUCGCAACAGUCCUGUUAUGCACAAGAGUGUGCCAGACUGUUACAAGCCCAUGAUCUUCAAGAACGGCAUUCGCAAGCCUUUCCCUCGCCCAACCAAGAAAGUCAAAGAGAGCACAUGCGUCACCGACCACAGCGACGUGGAAACUCUGGAGUCGUGUGCCAACGUCGUUGUGAAGGGAUCGUUCCUGGAUUUGGAUGACCAGUGCCUGAUGCGCCAGUACCGGAAGCUGCGGCGCGUGAUGUCUGACAGCAUUCUGGUGGGUGUCUUGGAUGUACCAGAAGUGUACGAACCCGGGAGGUUCAGCAACGAUGUCGAGAAAGCACGGCCCAAAGCACAGCAAACACCUCCUGAGCAGGAGAAGACACCCGCUGCUACUCAGCCGAAGACAUCAAGGAGCCAGGUGACAGGCAAGGCUGCGAAAGAUGAGGAGUCCUGCCGCAAAGUCCAACGUACCACGGUGAUGUUGCGCAACUUGCCCAACAACUACACCCGCGACAUGUUCCUGUCCUUGCUGGACGAAGAGGGCCUCAGUGAGCUCUAUGAUUUCGUGUAUCUUCCCAUGGACUUCUGCCGUGAUGCCAACCUGGGCUAUGCAUUUGUGAACUUGGUGGAUGGUGCGGCCGUGGGCAAAGCAUGGAAGAAGUUUGAUGGCUUCGACCGAUGGGCUUUGCCUACUGCAAAGGUAUGUCAAGUGGGUUGGAGCGGUCCACAUCAAGGCUUUCAAGCCCAUGUUGAGCGAUAUCGCAACAGUCCUGUUAUGCACAAGAGUGUGCCAGACUGUUACAAGCCCAUGAUCUUCAAGAACGGCAUUCAUCAAGCAGCAUUGUGCGACGUCGUAAGUGCGCGCAAACGGUACCACUGGGUCCCGGGUCUGCUUUGUCUGUCUCCGAUCCAUUUUCUCGCCAUGAGCCCUCAGUCUCUUGCCAAGUCCAUGUCCGUGCACAGCAACACAGAGAGCACAUGCGUCACCGACCACAGCGACGUGGAAACUCUGGAGUCGUGCUCCUCACGCCCCCUCUCCCCUUGCCAAACUUGCACAGCAGAAAUGGAAGGCGAAACAGGUGCCAACGUCGUUGUGAAGGGAUCGUUCCUGGAUUUGGAUGACCAGUGCCUGAUGCGCCAGUACCGGAAGCUGCGGCGCGUGAUGUCUGACAGCAUUCUGGUGGGUGUCUUGGAUGUACCAGAAGUGUACGAACCCGGGAGGUUCAGCAACGAUGUCGAGAAAGCACGGCCCAAAGCACAGCAAACACCUCCUGAGCAGGAGAAGACACCCGCUGCUACUCAGCCGAAGACAUCAAGGAGCCAGGUGACAGGCAAGGCUGCGAAAGAUGAGGAGUCCUGCCGCAAAGUCCAACGUACCACGGUGAUGUUGCGCAACUUGCCCAACAACUACACCCGCGACAUGUUCCUGUCCCUGCUGGACGAAGAGGGCCUCAGUGAGCUCUAUGAUUUCGUGUAUCUUCCCAUGGACUUCUGCCGUGAUGCCAACCUGGGCUAUGCAUUUGUGAACUUGGUGGAUGGUGCGGCCGUGGACAAAGCAUGGAAGAAGUUUGAUGGCUUCGACCGAUGGGCUUUGCCUACUGCAAAGGUUGGGCCAAAGUUUGCAAAAUCUUCGAUGACCCAGGGAUGGUAUGUCAAGUGGGUUGGAGCGGUCCACAUCAAGGCUUUCAAGCCCAUGUUGAGCGAUAUCGCAACAGUCCUGUUAUGCACAAGAGUGUGCCAGACUGUUACAAGCCCAUGA